ACCAUAACCUAAAUUGUUGUGUCAAAUACAUCAGACAUAAUAAAUAGACAUUGAACCUUAACAAAAUCAAAUCUGCAUUUUAAGGAUUUCUUAAUUCUUAACUUCUCUGUGUAAACAAUAUUAAUAAACAAGAUAAUAUGACCACAUUAGAUGAUAAAAUUCUAGGUGAAAAAUUACAAUACUAUUGUAGUAGCAGUGAAGACGAAGAAAAUGGAGACUCUGAUUCAAAUUCAAAUACACCAAAGAAAAAUGAGCGUUCACUUCAGAUCGAAACCUCACAGUUAGAAAAGUGGGAGGGAACAUCUCAGAAUACAGGUCCAAAAGGAGUGAUAACAGACUGGCAACGAUUCAAACAGUUAGAAUCGGAAAAACGGAAUGAAUGUGAAAAAGAACGAAUAGCACUGGCAAAAAAAUUAACGCUGUCCGUACAGUCAACUCUCGAUGAAGAACGAGAAAAAUCAAAAUUAGAGGAUCCUGAAAUUUCUGAGUUGCUAAAUGACGAAUUUUUAUUGCAGUACCAAAAACAACGUAUGGAAGAAAUGCUAAAACAACAAAAUCACAACGUUAAGUUUGGGGAAUUAAUAUUUUUGAAAAACAGUGAAGAAUAUCUCGAUGCAAUUGAAAAAGAACAUAAAUCGGUAAAAAUAAUCAUCCAUAUUUAUGAAAAGCAUCUAAAGGCUUGCCAAAUAAUGAAUUCAUGUUUGGCAGAACUAGCCAAAGUUUAUGACAACGUUAAAUUUUGUGCAAUUAUUGCAUCUGUGGCUGGCUUAAGCAGAGAUUUUAAAAUAAGUGGUGUACCAGCUUUAUUAAUAUAUAAAAAUGGAAUUUUGAUAGGUAAUUUUGUUAGAUUAAGUUAUGAAUUUGGAGACAGUUUCUAUGCAGAAGAUGUGCAAGGCUUUUUAAUUGAACAUGGUAUGCUUGAAGAUAAAACACUUGUUCCAAAAAUUGUUAAAAGUAUUAAUGAUCAAAGCGAUGAUUCUGAUUAAGUUAUAAAUAUUUUGACAUAAUUAUUUACCAAACAAAUGAAAUUAUAUAUUUUAGAAUUAUAAAUCUGUCUAUACAG